CAUCUGCCUCCUGACCGUGUCUGGAGUUGUGCCACUUUUGCGCCUGAAUACGCCGUCUGAUACAGUAUGGCUUUCGUGCUCAUCGGAAAGAGCGAUAAACCUCGAUGGAUCCGGAGCCACUGCUGAUGACCACGCUGAGGCGUGAAGCUUCAUCAACAGAUGUGCGAAAUGGAGAGAAAUACGCGAAUUCACGGGCAGAGGCUAGGGAAUAGUCGAUACCGCUCGCAUUGCGAUACGCGAUGAUGCGAAAGCACUUCCUGAAUCUGGAGCCACUCGCUUGAAGCGACAUGGAGGACUCCGUUGGCUACGUCCUCGAUAAUCGUAGAUGAACACUUUAGCGUCGCCGGCUGAUCACGCUCUCAGACGACCACCGCACCUUGCUCGUAUCCGUAGGUCACUUCGUGGUGCUGACCAAACAUGUUGGAAUGGACAGCAAUGAUUGAUGUCGCGGCGUUGGGUCUCCCGAUAUGUGGCGACGUUUGCUUCAGUUGCUCGUUGCUCUGCAGCGGACUCAACAGACUUCUGCGCGACCAGCGCUUCCUCAGUCACGGCCACGCCCCUCGUCGCACACUCACCCUUCGUCCUCCCACUGUCGAUCAGCGGCACGUCUAUCAAGAUGGUGUAUCGCGAAGACGGCGACGAGCUCGAGCCUGCAAGCCUCUCCUCAGAAACCGGCGGCGCCGUUCAGCAACAGUUCGAGUCGACUCUCACAAACCAAACUACAACACACUCGACGACAUGUUGUCUGUGCAAAGGCCCGGAGUCUCUGUCCAUGAUUCAGUGCAAUGGCUGCGCUGACUGGUUCCACUACUCGUGCGUUGGUCUCCAACCUGCUGAUCCGCCGAAAAUAAGGCAAUACUUCUGUCCAACCUGCUAUCGGACCGGAGUUGGCCAAUCCACGUGGUACGGCAGAGCAGUAAUCACCAAGCAUCAGAAUAAGCGGGUCAAUGAACAGCUGCUGCGGCUAGACACUGCUAGAGAAGCGGCCAACAGUGCUGUUCAGAGCCGCGUUCGCCCCCUCGACGCAUCCGUCCGCCGCCUGAGAUACCAGCAGAAACGCCAACUUUACGUGAGGAAGCAUGCCAAUGGCCAGCUCAUGACGAUGGACGGUAUACCGAUCACUUUGGACCCUCCACACAACGCACCUCUCCCAGCGCUCGAACAUGCGACUCCAAGGGCCUUCACUUUGUCGAGAGCUCCAACGCAACCUUCCAUGAAAGGGCAGCACCGCACUGGAAUCAACAAUAACCCUUUUGGCGGCGACAAAGCUCUGCCGUUGCCGACACACAAUCCGAGCGCUCCGCAGCUGGCAAUGUCUGUGCAUGAUUCUCUUGGAAAAGGCGUAUCAUCGAACAUUCACGGAACGGAUCGCCAGCUACCAGGAAACCUACUGCAGCCCACAUGUAUUGCACGGAAGCAAUCUUCGCAAACGCCGUCCGCCAGUGCCGAGGCGAAUCUAGACAAGAUGGGAGACAACCCCAAACCACUUGCGAAACCGAAACACAACAUCAAGAAGCCAGCGAGUGGUUUUGACAUGAAGUCCAGUAAGCUAGGCAAUAAGGACAAGCCACGCAAAAGCUUGGUGGUGAAAUUGAAACUCAGCGGAAGUAAGGGAGGGAUGCAAUUGGAAUAGUCGUACAACGUGAUCACCGGGAGUGCCAAGUGUGGGUGCAAGAGGCUGUAUGGCAUGGGUCAAGCUGUUGGUUCGCGAUGGAAAGCAGGCGAGCAUAGAGGAUGCAUGAUAGGCGGA